UCCAAACCCUCUGUAAUUUCCUUACUUUCUUGAACGAGAAUUUUUCAGUUUCACACACGCCAUUCAUAUAAGACACUCCUCCUUCAACUCUUUCCAGUUUCCAAAUCGAGGAAAAAGUGCAUUCUUUAUUCAAAGAUUUGACAACGUAAAACUGAUCGUUUAUUGGCUAUAAAAGUUUGUUUCAUUGGCAGAGACAAGCUAUUGGAGUGGUGGGAUUGUACGGAAGAAGAGAGAGAAAGAUAAGGGUAGUGAUGGAGAGUACAUUCAAGGAAAUGAAUGGUGAAUCAGUUCUUGACUUAGAGGAUAAAGCUGGAGUUGGGGGUGGUGUUGAGGAUGUGUAUGGUGAGGAUAGAGCCUCUGAGGAUCAGGCCAUCACCCCGUGGACUGUUUCUGUUGCUAGUGGUUAUACUUUAUUGCGUGAUCCGCGACAUAACAAAGGACUCGCCUUCACUGACAAAGAAAGAGAUGCCCACUACUUGACAGGGCUUCUUCCUCCAGCUCUGUUUUCUCAAGAUCUCCAGGAAAAAAGGUUGAUGAAAAUCCUACGUGAAUAUAAAGUGCCAUUGCAGAGGUAUAUGGCCAUGAUGGAUCUCCAGGAGAGAAACGAAAAGCUGUUUUACAAGCUUCUUAUUGAUAACGUCGAAGAACUGCUUCCUGUAGUCUAUACUCCUACAGUUGGUGAGGCUUGCCAGAAAUAUGGUAGCAUUUUCAGGCGUCCUCAGGGUCUUUUUAUCAGCUUGAAAGAGAAGGGAAAGAUUCUUGAGGUGUUGAAAAACUGGCCUGAAAAAUCCAUCCAGGUUAUCGUGGUAACUGACGGUGAGCGUAUUUUGGGGCUUGGAGAUCUUGGAUGCCAGGGUAUGGGGAUUCCUGUUGGAAAGCUCUCUCUCUAUACAGCUCUUGGUGGAGUUCGUCCCUCUGCUUGCCUGCCUAUAACCAUUGAUGUUGGCACAAACAACAAGAAGUUGCUGGAGGAUGAAUUCUACAUUGGUCUGAGGCAGAAUAGAGCAACUGGAAAGGAAUAUGCUGAGCUUAUGGAAGAGUUCAUGUCUGCUGUUAAACAAAAUUAUGGGGAGAAGGUCUUGAUACAGUUUGAAGAUUUUGCCAACCACAACGCCUUUGAGCUACUCGCUAAAUAUCGCACAACUCAUCUUGUGUUCAAUGACGAUAUCCAGGGUACAGCCUCUGUCGUUCUUGCUGGGCUUGUUGCAGCUUUGAAACUAGUUGGUGGAACUUUAGCAGAUCAUACUUUCUUGUUCUUGGGUGCUGGAGAGGCUGGGACUGGGAUAGCUGAACUUAUUGCUCUUGAGAUAUCCAAAAAGACAAAUGCUCCAUUGGAAGAGACUAGGAAGAAAAUUUGGCUUGUCGACUCUAAGGGGUUGAUUGUGAGUUCGCGUAAAGAAUCCCUUCAGCAUUUCAAAAAGCCUUGGGCGCACGAACAUGAACCGGUUAAGGAACUAUUAGGUGCAGUUAAGGCAAUAAAGCCGACUGUUCUAAUAGGGACUUCAGGUGUUGGAAAAACAUUUACAAAGGAAGUCAUAGAGGCCAUGGCAUCCAUCAACGAGAAACCUCUCAUUCUUGCUCUAUCAAACCCAACCUCGCAGUCUGAGUGUACUGCUGAAGAAGCUUAUACAUGGAGCGAGGGACGUGCCAUAUUUGCUAGCGGGAGCCCAUUCGACCCUGUAGAGUUUAAUGGGAAAGUAUUCGUGCCUGGCCAGGCAAAUAAUGCUUACAUAUUCCCUGGAUUUGGUUUGGGGUUGAUCAUGUCUGGUACAAUACGCGUACACGAUGAUCUGCUCUUGGCAGCCUCGGAAGCGUUGGCAGCUCAAGUGACGGAGGAAAACUAUGCUAAAGGACUGAUAUACCCUCCAUUUACGAAUAUCAGAAAGAUUUCAGCCCACAUUGCGGCUAAUGUGGCUGCAAAGGCGUAUGAACUUGGUCUUGCUUCUCAUCUCCCCCGUCCCAAGGAUCUUGUGAAGUAUGCCGAGAGCUGCAUGUACACUCCAGUCUACGGCAGCUACCGUUGAUCAACCGGGGAAUUUGAUCAGUGACCUCUUUUCUUGAGCUAGUCUGUUCAAUUUCUCUCUUGGUGUAGUGUGUUUUCUAAUAAAUCUCUUUCGUGUCAAGCAAUUGUUAUUCAUAUAGUUCUGUGAAAUUCGUUGCUAAUAGAACAUAUCUUGUACGAGGAAGUAGCAUACUAUUAAGGUCUUUUUUUAGAAGAUUUAAAUUACUUCGGAUGUGAUAGGGCUUCUUUUUGGAGUUAAUAUUAUUGAUUCUUGUUCCCAUAUUCUUUAUUACAUGUAUACUUCAGUUGUAUUUUUGGAUAUUAAAUUUUAGCAGGAAAAACACAAGGGAAAAUAAUCUCAUUGCUCUAGUAUUGAUGUAA